AGCGGGAGCUGUCCACGGUGCUGAAGCAGCGGCGGCGACAGCGGCAGGGACGCGGGCCGGGAGCAGGGAGCUCUCCUGGAAGCUUCACCGCGGCCGCGAGGCGGGGAUGCCGUUGCUCGCCGGCCCAUGCCCGGUCCCCAAGCCCCGCGAGGAGGCGGGACGGUCCGCAGAGCGACAGGGAGGAAAAACGAGGCCCUGCAUUUGUGAUCUGAACCAACAUCCCAACCUAAGCUUCGUGCUCCAUCGCCACACUGGGUGACAAUCACAUGGAACUCACAGCAAAGCGUUGUCCAAGCAGGACCCCUAGGCACAUGGCGGUCCCACACCCCAGCACACCUGUACCUGCUCUGCAUCCGGAGCUGGCCUGUUGGGUCACAUGCCCUGUCUGCUGUGCUUUGGUACUCUUCAUUAGACAUUCCUCUAGCCCCAGGUUCAGUGCAGAACUCUCAGGGACUCAGCACCACAGCAGCCUCUUCUCAUCCCGUUCCCCUCAUCAGAAUGCCAGCUGGGAAGUCAGAAAGGCCCCAGUGGGUGAAGACAAGUCCUGAAGCCCAGAAAUAAAGAUCGAAGCCUCUGGGGCUGGACAGAUGGCUCAGUGGGCUCCGUGAAGACUGUGUGGCUGCCGGAGACUUCCCUCCCUGGCGAGGUCCUGCCUGAGGAACCAUGGAGAGCCUGAGUGAACUACAGAACCCACUGCUGCCUAGAAGCCCCACCCACCUCCACAGACCCUACCCCUACUCGGAGGCCCCGCCCGGCUGGUCCUGCCAGGAGCAGCUUUAUUCCUUCCUCCUAGGAGGUGCUGGUCCUGCCCGUGCCCACCAGCUCCUAGACCCAGGGUCCCUGCAACUGGCCGUGGAGGCCUGGUAUCGGCCUAGCUGCCUCCUGGGGAGGGACAAGGUCAAAGAGCCCAAAGCAGGCAGCUGUGAGACCAGCUUCACCGAAGCCAGGGAACCUUUAGCGGGACCCGCAGAAGAGGGCUCAGAACCUGGUCAAGCUGAGGAGGAAGUAACCAUCCACACUGUGUCCUACGGGGUUCAAGAGGAGUUGCAGGGCCAGGAGGACAGUCAGGAGGAGGAGAGCGAUGGGACCUCCAGCGAGAGUGAGUGUGAAGACGCUUUCCUCACCCUGCCUCCCAGGGACCACUUGGGACUCACUCUCUUCUCCAUGCUCUGCUGCUUCUGGCCUCUGGGCAUUGCUGCUUUCUAUUUCUCCCAGGGGACCAGCAAGGCCAUCUCCAAAGGGGACUUCCGCCUGGCCAGCACCACCUCUCGCCGAGCUCUCUUCCUGGCCACACUCUCCAUCGCUGUGGGGGCCGGUCUCUAUGUGGCUGUGGUGGUAGCUCUGGCUGCUUACAUGUCCCAGAAUGGCCAUGGCUAGUGGUCAGUAGGACUGUCAUCCCAGCUCUCCUGGCCUACCGGUGUAAAGCUCAGAACUGUGUAUUCUAUGGAGCACCUUGGCCCUGAAGAGAAGUACCUGCGACAAUAGCUUGCUGAGGCGAGACCUCCCCUUCUGCAGCCCACACAGGGGCCAUCUUGCCCUCUUGCCCACUGUUUUCCAGUCCCAGAGCAGACUGGGUGUGGAUGGGAAGCAGGUGCAGCAGGGUGGUCCAAGAGGCCUAGCCUGGUAUACUCUGCCCACUCCCUACAGGACCUCUGCCCCAUAGGCAACUCAGUCUCUACUUGCCACCUUCCCCCCAGAGAAUGAGCAGGAGGUUCCAGGAAGGAAAAAAGAAUUCCCAAGGGAUAAAGUACCUGGCUGGACUUUUCAGUUCAGAGGGUUCUCAUCUGUGCACAUUUUGAGCAGCUGCCCCACCCCCCACCCCCUCAGGGCUGAGACCCUCCAACCAGGAAAGAAAACCAUGGGCCCCAACCAUCUCUUGCUUUGGAUACUGCAUGUCUCCCUGUUACUGUGGAAGACACUCUGCGGUGUCUCUCAGAUAGAGAUGGAGCCAGAGAGCUCUGUAAUGAGGGCAGGUUGCUAAGGCUUUUCUAUACCAG